UUCAGGACCCCGGAGAGCUCAGCGCUGCCCAUUGCCCAUAGCUGGGGGGCUCGGCUGAGCAGGGGGACCUAGUAGGUGGGAGGUGGGAAAGGGACGAGUGGGGGCAGAGGAGGAGUAAGUGAGGUGGAUGAGGAGUGUUGGAGAGGAUGAGUGGGAGAGCAGCUUGCACAGCCACCAGUUCUUCUCCCGCUAUUGGAAGCUGACUCCCAGGCAGGACCAUGAGGACCUCACAGAGAGACACGAGAGGAAUCUGGGUGCCUUCCAUCUCUCCGCUGUCCUGAAACCCCUCCAGCUCGGGACUGUACCAGCCUGACCAUGGCAGGGGGUCGCAGAGGGCUGGUCGCUCCCCAAAAUACAUUUUUGGAGAACAUUGUCCGGAGAUCUAAUGUCUGGACAUUGUCUCAUAGACAGACAGAUACUAACUUUGUUUUGGGUAAUGCCCAGAUAGUGGAUUGGCCCAUUGUCUACAGCAAUGAUGGAUUCUGCAAGCUCUCGGGAUACCAUCGAGCAGAAGUUAUGCAAAAAAGCAGCACAUGCAGUUUUAUGUACGGGGAGCUGACGGACAAAGAAACCAUCGACAAAGUUCGGCAGACAUUUGAGAAUUACGAAAUGAACUCCUUUGAAAUUUUAAUGUACAAGAAGAACAGGACACCUGUGUGGUUCUUUGUGAAGAUUGCUCCCAUCCGUAAUGAACAGGACAAAGUUGUGUUAUUUCUUUGCACUUUCAGUGACAUCACAGCCUUUAAACAGCCCAUUGAGGAUGAUUCAACAAAGGGCUGGGGAAAACUUGCACGCUUGACGAGAGCCCUUACAAGCAGCAGGGGGGUACUGCAACAGCUCGCUCCCACCGUACACAAAGGAGAGAAUGUUCAUAAACACUCAAGGCUGGCCGAGGUGCUGCAGCUCGGUUCCGAAAUUCUUCCACAAUACAAGCAAGAGGCUCCCAAGACCCCACCACAUAUCAUUUUGCAUUAUUGUGUUUUUAAGACCACCUGGGACUGGGUCAUUUUAAUUUUAACUUUCUACACGGCUAUAUUAGUUCCUUACAACGUCUCCUUCAAGACCAAGCAGAAUAACGUUGCGUGGCUUGUCGUGGAUAGUAUUGUGGAUGUCAUCUUUUUGGUGGACAUUGUCCUCAACUUCCAUACCACUUUUGUUGGACCUGCGGGGGAGGUGAUAUCGGACCCAAAGUUAAUCCGCAUGAACUAUUUGAAGACUUGGUUUGUCAUUGACCUGCUAUCCUGUUUACCAUAUGAUGUCAUCAACGCUUUUGAAAAUGUGGAUGAGGGCAUCAGCAGCCUGUUCAGCUCUUUAAAAGUUGUCCGACUUCUUCGGCUUGGACGCGUGGCUCGGAAGUUGGACCAUUACAUUGAGUAUGGAGCAGCGGUGUUGGUCCUAUUGGUGUGUGUUUUUGGGUUGGCGGCGCAUUGGUUGGCCUGCAUCUGGUACAGUAUUGGAGCUUACGAGGUCAUCAACGACGGCACAAUUAGAACUGAAAGCUGGCUCUUUCAGUUGGGAACAUCUAUUGGAAGUCCUUAUCGCUUCAACCUCUCUGGUUCUGGAAAAUGGGAAGGUGGGCCGAGCAAGGAUUCUGUUUACAUCUCAUCAUUGUAUUUCACCAUGACCAGCCUGACAAGUGUUGGAUUUGGAAAUAUUGCACCGACCACCGACGGAGAGAAGAUCUUUGCCGUUGCCAUGAUGAUGAUUGGAUCACUUCUAUAUGCAACUAUAUUUGGUAACGUCACAACCAUCUUCCAGCAAAUGUACGCCAACACGAACCGAUACCAUGAAAUGUUAAAUAGCGUUCGGGAUUUCCUUAAGCUCUACCAAGUUCCCAAGGGGCUGAGUGAGCGGGUGAUGGAUUAUAUUGUGUCCACCUGGUCCAUGUCUAGGGGUAUAGAUACUGAAAAGGUUUUACAGAUCUGCCCUAAGGAUAUGCGAGCAGACAUCUGUGUGCACCUGAACCGGAAAGUUUUCAAGGAGCACCCAGCCUUUCGAUUGGCUAGCGACGGCUGCCUACGAGCCUUGGCCAUGGAGUUCCAAACUGCGCACUGCGCCCCUGGGGAUUUAAUUUAUCAUGCGGGGGAAAGUAUCGAUACACUGUGCUUCGUGGUUUCUGGUUCUUUGGAAGUAAUCCAAGAUGAUGAGGUGGUUGCUAUUUUGGGUAAGGGAGAUGUGUUUGGAGACGUUUUCUGGAAAGAAACCACCCUCGCCCCAUCUUGUGCAAACGUCCGAGCCCUGACCUACUGUGACCUUCAUGUAAUCAAAAGAGAUGCCUUACAGAAAGUUCUGGAUUUCUACACCGCCUUCUCCCACUCCUUUUCCAGAAAUUUAAUUCUUACGUACAACUUGCGGAAAAGGAUUGUUUUCAGGAAGAUCAGUGAUGUGAAACGAGAGGAGGAGGAAUGGAUGAAAAGUAAAAACGAGGCACCGCUUAUCCUCCCACCUGAUCACCCCGUUCGUCGGCUUUUCCAGCGAUUUAGGCAGCAGAAAGAAGCUCGUCUGGCAGCUGAAAGGGGAUUAAGAGAUCCUAAUGACCAUGACAUUGAAAAAGGGAAUAUUUUGGUGGAACAUUCCGCUUACAAUACAGUAAAAGCAAGCCUGGUCACUGUAACAGAAAGUCCAGCCACUCCCUUAUCGUCCCAGUCUGCCUCGACCUCUGGAGUGUCUGAUCGAGCUAGGCUCCAUGCCCCAGUUUCAGAAAGCACUGGAGGUAAAGUAGGUGGGGAACCUUUAAAAAGGAGAGGGUGGGCCAAAUUUAGAGAUGCAUGUGGGAAAGGGGAAGAUUGGAACAAAGUGUCCAAAGCCGAAUCUAUGGAGAUAUUACCUGACAGAACUAAACCUCCAAGUGAGGCUACUUUAAAGAAGACAGAUUCAUGUGACAGUGGUAUCACCAAAAGUGAUUUGCGCUUAGACAAUGUUGGGGAGACUAGGAGCCCUCAGGAUCGAAGUCCCGUGCAAGCAGAGGUGAAACACACUUUUUAUCCCAUUCCGGAACAGACGCUUCAUGCUACUGUGCUGGAGGUGAAGCACGAGUUGAAAGAAGACAUCAAAGCCUUGAACUCUAAAAUGUCGAAUAUUGAAAACCAGCUGGCUGAGAUACUUAGAAUAUUGGCUUCAAGGAGGUGCUCUCAGUGCCCACAAGAGAUAUUCGAAAUCUCCAGACCGCAGUCUCCAGAAUCAGAAAGAGAUAUUUUUGGAUCCAGCAGCUGAAUUAACUAGAGAACAAUUGAAAUCUAGCGUUUCAUUACGAAAGAGAACAGUUUAUUAGCUCUUUUUUAUCAGAGGUGCCUAGAAUACGAGUUCCACUCUUCAGCUUGAUUCAGGACUUUACGCCAGUUAGGGAUAAGUGCUAUUCCUGUGAUAACAGAGGGCAGAAUAUCAGACGGGCAUCUAACCAGCAUUUUCCUUUGGACACUAAAAAAUUCUAAAGUAGAGGGAUACAAAGUUUGAAUUUCUAUUUGAUAUCUAUUUCUCAGUGAUAUGCCAGGAAAUGGAAAAUGUUCUUGGUUUUUCUGGUCCUUGCUUACGUAUUUAAAAAAUAUCAUGUCAGAAUCAGAAUGGAAAACAGCAAGGAAUGGGACCUGAUCUUUUAGGCACUAGAAAGGCAAACGAUCAAAAGAGAAAUGUAGAAGAAGUAGGAGAUGGUGGUUGAAACUGAAAUUGAAUUUUGCCCAGUUUCCAAGAGUGGAUGCACCUUUCAAAGUUGGAGAUUGAAUUUACUUUUAGAUUCUUAUACUUUCCAGACGCAUGCCUUAUGUAACUACGUUUGAUGCUUGUCCUGCUUUAGGAAUGGACUGGGCAUGGGGCAGUAUCAAACGUCCUCUGCUGCUAUGGCUUUCACCAUCAGCUUGUAAAACAGAUGCUGAAUGUCACAAUAUAUUGAUUAACCUACGAGUAAAGUGAGGUUUGAAGCAACAUUUUCCCAGAGAUUGGGGGAAAUAAGCUGAUAGAUAGUCAUACAAGUCUCACUUUAGUUGUAAAUCCAAAUCUCUUUGGGAACACUUUGGGAACUCCUGGUGUUCGAGUAAGAGUUGGACAGCCACAGGUUAAAAGAUCCCAUCAUGAAGAGCCAAUGAUUUAGUACUAAUAUUUUUUGCAGCUCAUAUUCUUAUUAAUUCAGAUAUACUUUUGCUAGAUCUUUAUCUGAUAUUUGAUCUGAACUUCUCCAGAACCUGUGCUGCUUGAGAAUGAAGAAGAUAGGAUCAGCUACAGUAUAACUAACAUUCUCAUUAGUUGGAUGCUAAGUCUUCCAAUAAUUACAUUCAUUAUUUAUUGCUAUCAAUACAAUUUAUUGCCAUGACUACUGGAGUUAGUGGUCUGGACUGAAAUUAAUUUGUUUGCAAAACCCACCCUAAAAACUCCAACCGUGUCAGGAUCCACAAAGCUGAACCAUUACCUAUAGCUGGGCUCUUAAAUAGCCACAGACCCCCAAAGGCAAAACUGUUAAUACAAAAUAGUUAGAAACAGUAAUUGCACUGCUAUAAUUUCAUCACUCCAGCAUAACCAAAUCAUUCUACUGGAUUUUUUAUUAUUAAAAUGUUGCUUAGCAGGUUUUUAAGGUUUUUGUACCAGAAGAUAGAGUGACCCCAUACCUAGAAAGUACCAGAUCCCAGAAAAUUUUCCAGACAUGGCAUUAGGGAUGCCACCUGUCCGGUUUUGACCUAGACAGCCCGGUUUUCGGAAGGGCUACCUGGGUCAAAACCUACUGCCCAGUUUCCCAAAUUACGAAAACCGGGCAGGACUCAGCAACAUUGUAAUCUCCACUAGUGAUGAGCGAAUCUGUCCCUAGUUUCAUUUCACCAAAAAAUUCACGAAUCUUUCAAAAAAAA